CUAGCUCCAUAUGGCCCUGCCUCCAAAAUCCAUCCAUACCCGCCGCCACAACCGAAAACCCUAAACCCAUGGCGCCGCCACCGCAAAGCCUCCCUCUCCGUCCCCAAAACCCCAGCGCCGCCACCUUCCCCACCCAUGGUGCGGCAUCCUAAGCCCCCUUCUCCCUCCCCGCGCCCGCCGCCCUCGGACUCGGACACCGGCAUCGGCUUUGACCCCGUCGAGGAGUGGCUCGUGGACUUCGACCCCGCCAUGUCGGGCGAGCUGGGGAGCCCAGCCAAGGGCCUCGGACCCGCCGAGGAGGCGGUGCUUCCUCACGCGCCGGCGCCGACGACGACGACCUGCGACGACAGCGCUGGAAAGGUCUCGGAUGGUUCGGCGGCGCUCAAUAGCUGUGAGUUCGGUAUGAAACGGGAGCCCGUCCAGGCCGGAGAUUUUUGCGGCGGCGAAAUCGGAGAGAAGGCUGAGAUGGUGGGCGGCAGACUGGACGUGCUGCUUGCCCCGGAUCAGCUUCUGGCGUCGGGGAUUGGUGAUUUGGCAGUGAAAGAGGAUGUCUCCGAGCAAGCAGUUGCUAUCGAGAUGGCUGCCGCCCCUGCCGAUGUUGAGAUGAAUACCGCGGUGUCAGGCGGCAAGGAGGAGCAGGAAAGCAGGGAGGAAGAGUCGGAGAGUAGCGAGGAGGAGGAGUCGAGCGAGGCUUCCUCGAGCAGCGAGGAUGAAGAGCAGGGGGACAAGAAGGAUGAGGAGUCGAGUGAAGCCUCGUCAAGCAGUGACGAGGAAGAGCUGGAAGCCAUGAAACUUGGUGGUGCUGGUGGCAAUAGCUUGGAGGCCCUCCUUGAGGAGGGUGAAUUGAUGGUUGGGAGCGAUGAAGAGGAUGAGGAACCGAAGGGCCGCAGCAAAUCCAAACAUGAAGCAGAGAUCCUUCCUCCAGUCCCAAAGAUUGAAAUACAAUUGGAGCCACAUCAUCAGACUCUUCCAGUAGGGACUAUCUCAGCUAUUAUGGGGGAGAGAGUGAUUGUUGAAGGAUCAGUCCAACACAAUCCCCUGAAUGAAGGCUCAAUUCUCUGGAUAACAGAAAGCAGGAUACCCCUUGGUAUUGUCGAUGAGUUAUUUGGACCUGUAAAAAAUCCGUACUAUCUGGUGCGGUACAACUCUGAGGAAGAAGUUCCUGCAGGGAUCAGUGCAGGAACCAGCGUCUCUUUUGUAGCGGAGUUUGCUGAUCACAUCCUGAACAUGAAGGAGCUCUAUGCGAAAGGUUAUGAUGCAUCCGCAGACAAUGACGACCAAGAAGAUGAACCUGAAUUCUCCGAUGAUGAGAAGGAGGCCGAGUACAAAAGGUCACUUCGCCAAGCAAAAAGGCAGACUGAUAGACAGCAUGAGCCAAAUAAGCAUUCUGGCGAUAAGAAGAGAUCACAGCCCAGAGGUGGCGGCUUUCGGAAGGACAUGCCACCAAGGAACCGGGAUGCACCAAUACCAGGUCAGCAGUCACAUCCCCGUUUUCACUCCUCAGACAUGGCUCCUGCAGUUGCUGAAAAUAAGGCACGCUCAUUGGGGCCUCAGAACGCUCCUAUGAGUUCUCCAACCAUGCUGCCACCUGGCCCAAUGAAUCCUGCCAUGCCAUCACCAGUUCAUCUUGCAAAUCAGAUGGGCGGCUGCUUCAUCAAUCCAGCACAGCAGUUCUUGCCACAGCAGCCGAACAUGGUUUGGCCUGGUGGGCUUCCUCCACCGCCCCAUGCGAACAUGGGGGUAGACGGAGCUGCCCUCGCUGCCAGCAUCAUGCAGAACCUGCUUGCCGGAGCAAACCAGUUCCAGCAACAGAUGCAGAACCAGAACUUUGGCGGUUUCCCGAACCAAAUGCCCAUGCCCUUCCCGCAAUUCAUGCCCCAGACUGGAAUGCCCGCAAAUCAGUUGCCAUUCGGUGGUGGACCCCCGGCUGGGAAUUCCCUGUUUGGUGCAGCACCUCAAAUGCCUAUGGGGCAAGGCAACUUUGGCCAACUGCCUCCACACAUGGUCUCCGGGAAUAGGCAGGAACAGGGACCCCGUCCUGGGCUCCCAGAUGACCCCCGAGGAUUCACAAACCCAGCGCAACCCCAUGGAGAUGGAGCUGAGCAUUCACCUCCCCAGUUCAGUUCUGGGCAGUUUAACCAAGGGAGCUCGUCCUUCCGUGGCGGAAGGCCGCAGCGCGGUGGCCGGCAUUCCUCAGGCAGAGGUGGCGCACGAGGUGGCCGGCAUCGUAGAUAGGUGUCUGGCACCCGGACUCGGGGGUACUCUUCCCCCUUGUAAUUUUGACUCUUCGUAUCGAACUUGUGCUAUGUUCAGUAUGCGUGUUCCCGUCUAUUCUUAAUCGAGAUACCGGGUUGCUAUAAUGCGAGAAAGUUGUUUCUUGUGAUGAA